AUGUUCCCAACCGAGCAAUCCAAGGUGGCCUUCGCCGCCCAAUACCUUGAGGGCGACCCCAUGAAGGAGUGGGACAACUGCUGCGCCUCGCAAGAGAAAGGGCUCGAUGACCCUUUAGAUAUCGCAGGGUUUGAAGAGUUCCUUCGCGACCUCCAUAUCGACCCAGCCAACCGGCAACGCAUUGCAGCCCUCAAAUACAACGGCGCCCACCAGCGUAAGGGGCAGGGUAUCCGCAAAUUCGUUGCGUACCUCGAGGAAUUGGAGCGGGAAAUGGAGCCCUACACCGAGUCCCAGAGGACCACCCACCUCCUGACGAAGUUACACCCAGAAAUGAGGCAGCGCCUCCUUGAGGGUGGCUACGCCGAUGGGGAGAAUCGGAAGGGAACCCUGCAGGGUGGCUUUCCAGCUCGGAAGGGCCACUUCAAUAGCCACAAGUCGGGCAAUCACCGGGAGCGAACGCCCUUCCAGGAUCGCCGUCGAUCGGACCAACAACCUGCGCGCAAGCCAGCCGACACCCAAGGCGCAAGGCCUACCCAAGUAGGGAACGCCUGUUACAACUGUGGCAGACCAGGCCACUUUGCAAAGGACUGCCGUAGCCAGCACACUGGGCCGGGAGUCCGGAAGCUGGAUACCCAGCUCCUCAAGCGGGAGUGA